GGAAAGGGCGGUGGGGUUAGGAAGUGGUCUUUUGUUCUGUUGAAUGUUUUAUGUUUCGCACACUUGAAAACUUGAAGCUAUGCUCUCUGAUCACAGCUUUCAAAAUAUUUGACCCUUUUCCCUGGACCUGUAUUGAAUGUAGAAGAGAAUCCGAUGUGCUUGUUGAUUUCAGGGGGUUUUGCAGGGAAGGUGGGGAAAACCAGACAGCACACAGAGCCGAGAGAUGCACAGCGGCAGGAACGUCCCACAGCCUGCAAAAGAAAGAAUAGAGAUCCAUUAGCUGGGACCUCCGUGAAAGCGGCCUUGGCAUUUCUUUCAGAUCCUGCCUGCGCAGCAACGCGCAGCUCACUUUCUUUAACUUGCUGCCUUGGGCAUGACUUCCUUUCAGUAAGCAAGAGCCCCGGACUGCGCAGGGAAGGAGAUGUCCACAGAUCCCAGAUCUGCAUAGGAGGGCUGAGUCCAGAGAAAGCUGAUCAGGUUCUACAGCAACAAAACACGGAAAAAAUGCUGCCUUGGAAGAUAACAAUGUUCUGUACCCUCAUAGUUGUCAGCACAGCUUCCCAAAAUUUUAAUUUUGGCUCGUUCAUCCAUUCACCUAUUUACAGCAAAAGUAACGGAGGAGAGGAACAGAGAGAGUUGCACAGGCAGAAACGGCAGGAUGUGACAUUAGGCAUCUCACCUGUAGAAUACACGGUUGCUGUUGAGAUAAGUCUUCCAGAUUCCUCCCUCCUGGAGGCCCUCAGAAGUUAUUUAAACAGCCUUAGCUUCCCAGUCUCAGUAAAUGCUUCUGAUUCAGCUGUGAACAUUUCAAGCAUUGAUGUCACCACAGUGUGCAGCUCAGGUGGCCCCCAGGGCACCCACUGUUCUUGUGAGUCGGGCUAUGAAUGGCCGGCCAGCGCAUGCAGAGCUACUCCAGCCUGUCCCAGUGCUGCGCCGGCAGGAGAGACCUGCACCUGCCUGGCCCAGCGCCCUCCUCGGGGGACCCACUGUCAACCGCAAUCUGCAGGUGUUCCGUUUAUAUACAUUAUAAAAAUGUCUGUCCGGCUUGACAAAGACUUUGAAGAUGAUCUGAGAAAUCUGUCCUCUAGCAUGUUUAAGCGAUACAAAAGUGAUUUGGAGAAAGCGUUUACCAAGGGAUACAAAUCAUUGCCAGGCUUCAGAAGUGUAAAAGUUGCAGGAUUCAGACCUGGAAGCAUCAUGGUUCAAUAUGAAUUAACAUCAGCAGUGAAUAUGCCGCCUGAAAGUGCAAAUACAGAUGCAGCUGAAGCCUUAGAUCGUUCCUACAAGAUUGUGCCCACAUCAUUUGAGGUGUCUUCAAUGGAAGUGCAUGGUGGAACAAACAUCUCCAUUUCUCCUGAUGACAUUUUUGAGGGUGAUACUGUAACAAUGACAUGCGAGUCAAAUUCUUCUUCGGGGGCAACCUGGCACUUCCCAGAAACUUUUAGCCAUGGCAGGGAGCUUCUUAAAAAUGACACUAUAGAUGGAAAGUCAACAUCAACACUGAAAAUUACAAACAUUAAAUUGGAAGAUGCCGGUUAUUACCGUUGCAGCUUUAUGGAAUGGAUUAAUAAUGUGUCAGUCAUACAUGUUGCUGGGACUAAUAUAACAGUCUCUCCAAUCAAAAUUGUGCCCUCAGAGGAUGUUGUGAUUGUAUGCAAUGGUGACACUAAAGAACUGAGUUGCUGCACAGACAGAGAUAUGCAGUUCUUCACUUAUUACUGGAAAAUAAAUGGAGCAAUAAAUAUUUCAGGGACCACCACUGCCACUCACAACUGUACCACGUACCUCCUUCAGGCUAAUGAAUCUCAAUGCCCAGCAGACAAGUCUGGAACCAAAACGGAUUACACAUGUGAGCUGAACACUACCAAUGGUGCCCGCAAACACAAAGUUAUCAGUGUUACAUAUUUUCGAGUGGGGCGUCCUGAUGUUUCAAGAGAUAAAACAACGUCUCUUCUCCUUUCUUUCACAGCAAAGAAGGUAGCAUGCAAUUCUUCAGAGAUUGGCACCGGAGAGGAUGGAGCUGAGCUCACAAGGCCUUGCAGGAAUGAGGCAAACCACCCUGUCAGAGGAAGUAUCACCUAUAAGUGCAAACAUAAUUUGUGGGAGAUCGUGGGAAAUAGCUGCCUAGCUGUCCCAGUGGACAACCUUCUCAGCGCUGCAGAGUCUUUGGUGUCUAGUCCUGAGCAAAAGAAGAAUUUGCCUGAAUUCCUCAGCCACCUGAACCGUACCAUCAAGCAACAGCAGCAAAGUAUGAAAGCUGUUGCAAACCUGAAAGCUGUUGUGGAAAUUUUGAAUAUGGUUUCAGUCGUGCCGGUAGCUGCUGAGCAGGAAAUAAUGGAAAAUUUUUUAUCCACAGUAGACACGGUUAUCAGCAGUCCAACAAAAACUUGGAAGGAUUUUGUGAAUGGAACUUCUCAAUUACUGGCUUCAGUGGAGCAAUUUUCUAACUCCCUUCAACCUAUUAACAAUUCUAUUCCUUCCAUCAGCUAUGACAACCUCCAGCUCAAAGGUGUGGUCAUUGACAAAAGCAAGGUUUCAGACUACGACGAGAGCUUUACAUUCUCCAAGCCCUCAGACCUCAGUGGUAGUGUGCUAAUUAACGAAGCAAAAAUUAAACCUGGAAACUCCACCUCCACCAUCAUCAGUGUGGCUUACUCAUCUUUGGGGCCUAUUAUUCCACAGUAUAAGAAGAUGGAUGAAUUCAUAGUCAAUGGUUUGGUGAUGACAACACUAAUCAGUGCCAACAGCAGACUAAGGGAAGAUUUCAGGAUCAUUAUGACAUUUACGAAGGAUAACAAGACCCUGAAAAAUCCUCGAUGUGUAUUUUGGAAUUUCAGCUUCUCAGAAGAUGGUGGAGGUUGGGACGUUACUGGCUGUGAAACCACAGAGAAUGGGGACAAUGUCACUUGCUCCUGUAAUCACUUGACUUCAUUCUCCAUUUUGAUGUCUCCUGGUCACGAUCCAUGGGACACGUUGGAUUACAUGUCUUACAUUGGUGUGAGCAUUUCUAUAUUGAGCCUGGUGGCCUGCAUUGGCAUAGAAUUUGUCGUGUGGAAAUCAGUGACCAAAGCAAGAAUAUCCUACAUGCGCCAUGUUUGCAUACUGAACAUAGUGAUUUCUCUCCUGAUUGCAGACGUCUGGUUCAUUGUGGUAGCAGCAAUGCAUGACACAAACACGAAAAUGGACCAGGCCUGGCUCUGCAUAGCAGCAGCAUUCUUUGUUCAGUUUUUCUACCUCUGUGUCUUCUUUUGGAUGCUAACCUUGGGCCUCAUGGUCUUCUACCACAUAGUCUUUAUCGUACAUAAUGCAAGCAAGACCAUCAUGAAAGCUCUUAGCUUCUGCUUGGGAUACUUUUGCCCACUAGCUAUAUCUGCUAUCACCGUAAGCAGCACCCACCCACAUUACACAAGAAAAAAGGUCUGUUUACUCAACUGGGAUGAGAGUAGAGCUCUCUUGGCCUUAGUCAUUCCUGCCAUGAUCAUUGUCGCUGUCAAUGUGAUUGUUACCAUUGUGGUCAUAGCAAAAAUGCAAAGACGUUCCAUCGGCGAAAAAUCAAUAAAUAAAGAAAAGAGCUCAUUGUAUCGCAUCACCAAGUGUAUCGGUGUUCUGACAUCACUCUUAGGCCUCACCUGGUUAUUUGGUCUUGCUACAGUUAUCCCUGGAAGCCCUAGAGCAUUCCACUACUUAUUUACUCUUUUCAAUGCUUUUCAGGGAUUAUUCAUUCUGCUGCUUGGAAUCCUCUCAGAUAGAACGGUAUGGGAAGCUCUGUGGAAAAAGUGUUCCCUCUCCAGCUGGAGUUCACAACACACAAAGUCAACAUCCCAAGGCAUGUCAGCGCCUAUGCUUUCCAUCAGUUCUCCAUUCUCAAAAACUUUAAACAACUGGUUUGGCAAAACAGGAAAAUAUCAAGUCUCUUCUACAGAACCAGCAUCUUCUUCAGCUUCUGAAAGCACUUCAAAGGCAUAUUCUUUGCUAAACUGAGAAGCUUGGAAGACCUCUGGGCUCUUUCCCCUGAUGUGGCAAUAAGCAUGGAAAUAAUUGGUGAAUAAUGGAAGCAUGGACUUCGUAUAGGCUGUAAAGAACUGUGGCGUAUUAGUUUAACAAAAUAUUUCUUCGAUAUAGCAUGCACUGUCUGGAAAGUUAAUUAUAAUAUCUGCUUGAUGCUAGAAGAAAUUCAGUGAUGAGGGUCCCAACCCCGUAAGAAUCUGAAUGCCGUCUUGUGCCAGAGCCCCGCUAAUCCUGCAACACAUGUCGUGUUUUCCCCAGCCCUGUUGCAGUCAUGGGACCAGUAGAUGUGCCAGAGCAACUGGGCACUCUGGCUUCCAGGGCAGAGUGAGAGAUACAGCACAGCAAAGUAGGUAUCCAGGCACCUCAAACUAGUUCCUUGCUGGAUUGUAGCAUUUCUGGGUGGGUUUGUUUUUUGUGCUUUUUGCAAUGUUUGAAGCAGGACCGCCCAAACUUUUCAUACAUAUAGACACAUCUGGAAAAUCAGAAAAACUGUUGUGGGCUCUCCUACAAAAUGGUGGUUGCGAGGGCCUUGCUAGUACAAAGUACAAGUAAAUUGCUCAAGAAGCUAACACAGUUAAGUUUGAGCCAAACAAUGCAUUCGUUCUCACAAAGCACAAUAAAAUACCAACUUCACUGGAAGAAAACUGAUGUUCAGAUACGCAUGUGCAAACACGGACACACCACAGACAAAGCUUAGCAAUUUGCAUUGCAACAGCCAAUUGAAAAAUGCGAAACAUGUUCUGACUGAAAUGAAUUGGGCUGCUUUCAGCACUAAAUGGCAGGCCCAAGGGGCUGGUGUGCAUCAGGACCCUCAUAUGUGGGGCAUAAUGUGUUUUCACCUUUUGCUCCCUGUUGGAGUCUCAGUCUGGGUUGUAAUUUGCACUACCAUUAAGCCCCCCCACACACU